AGAUGCAUGAGUGUCAUGCAGUCCGGGACGCAGAUGAUCAAACUGAAGCGUGGGACCAAAGGGCUGGUCCGGCUCUUCUAUCUGGACGAGCACCGGACAUGCCUCCGAUGGCGGCCCUCCAGGAAGAGCGAGAAGGCAAAAAUUCUUAUCGACUCCAUUUACAAAGUCACGGAGGGCCGGCAGUCAGAAAUAUUCCACCGGCAGGCUGAGGGGAGCUUCGACCCCAGCUGCUGCUUCACCAUCUACCACGGGAACCACAUGGAAUCCCUGGACCUGAUCACCUCCAAUCCCGAGGAGGCGCGCACAUGGAUCACCGGCCUCAAGUACCUGAUGGCCGGCAUCAGCGACGAGGACUCCCUGGCCAAAAGGCAGCGGACCCAUGACCAGUGGGUGAAGCAGACCUUCGAGGAGGCAGAUAAGAACGGGGACGGGCUACUGAACAUCGAGGAGAUCCACCAGCUGAUGCACAAGCUCAACGUCAGCCUGCCCCGGAGGAAGGUCCGCCAGAUGUUCCAGGAAGCCGACACAGAUGAGAACCAGGGCACGCUGACCUUUGAAGAGUUCUGUGUGUUUUACAAAAUGAUGUCCUUGAGAAGAGACCUCUAUCUGUUACUCUUGAGCUACAGUGACAAGAAAGAUCACCUCACGGUGGACGAGCUGGCUCAGUUUUUGAAGGUGGAACAAAAGAUGAGCAAUGUGACGGUGGACUAUUGUCUUGACAUCAUCAAGAAAUUCGAAGUUUCAGAAGAAAAUAAGGCGAAGAAUGUUCUUGGCAUAGAAGGCUUCACGAACUUCAUGCGCAGCCCUGCGUGUGACAUCUUUAACCCCGUGCACCAGGAGGUGUGCCAGGACAUGGACCAGCCGCUCUGCAACUACUAUAUUGCGUCCUCGCACAACACCUACCUGACUGGGGACCAGCUCCUCUCGCAGUCCCGAGUGGACAUGUAUGCCCGCGUGCUCCAGGAGGGCUGCCGCUGCCUGGAAGUUGACUGCUGGGAUGGGCCAGAUGGAGAGCCAGUAGUUCACCACGGCUACACGCUCACGUCUAAGAUUCUCUUCAGAGACGUGGUGGAGACCAUCAACAAGCACGCCUUUGUGAAGAAUGAGUUCCCCGUGAUCCUGUCCAUUGAGAACCACUGCAGCAUCCAGCAGCAACGGAAGAUCGCCCAGUACCUGAAGGGGAUAUUCGGGGACAAGCUGGACCUGUCAGGUGUGGAUGCCGGGGACGGCAGGCAGCUCCCAAGCCCUCAGAGCUUGAAAGGCAAAGUUCUGGUGAAGGGCAAGAAGUUGCCUUACCACCUUGGGGAUGAUGCAGAGGAAGGAGAGGUGUCGGAUGAGGACAGCGCCGACGAGAUUGAAGAUGAGUGCAAGUUUAAGCUGCACUGCAAUAAUGGGACCACAGAACAUCAAGUAGAGUCUUUCAUAAGGAAAAAACUGGAGUCCCUGUUAAAGGAGUCUCAGAUCCGAGACAAAGAAGACCCUGACAGCUUCACAGUGAGGGCGCUGCUGAAGGCCACACACGAGGGCCUGCAUGCUCACCUGAGACAGAACCCCGAUGGGAAGGAAAGUGGGAAGAAAUCACAGGCACGGGCCCUCAUGACCAACUUUGGAAAGCACAAGAAAGCCACAAAGUCUCGGUCAAAGUCGUACAGUACGGAGGAAGAGGAGGACUUGCAGCAGAACCCGGGCAGGGAGGGCGGCCAGAUGUGCAGGCUGGGCCGCCGGAGGAAGACCAUGAAGCUGUGUCGAGAGCUGUCUGACCUGGUCAUCUACACGAAUUCCGUGGCCGCCCAGGACAUCGUGGAUGACGGCACCACGGGCAACGUGCUAUCCUUCAGCGAAACCAGGGCACACCAGGUCGUCCAGCAGAAGCCAGAGCAGUUCAUGGUCUACAACCAGAAGCAGCUGACUAGGGUUUACCCCUCGGCCUACCGCAUUGACUCCAGCAACUUCAACCCCCUGCCCUACUGGAACACGGGCUGCCAGCUCGUGGCCCUGAACUACCAGUCCGAAGGGCGAAUGAUGCAGCUCAACCGCGCCAAGUUCAAGGCCAACGGCAACUGUGGCUACGUGCUGAAGCCUCAGCAAAUGUGCAAAGGUACUUUCAACCCUUUUUCUGGUGAUCCACUUCCGGCCAACCCUAAAAAGCAGCUCAUCCUGAAAGUGAUCAGUGGACAGCAGCUUCCCAAACCUCCAGACUCCAUGUUCGGGGACCGGGGCGAGAUCAUCGAUCCUUUUGUGGAAGUAGAGAUCAUUGGAUUGCCAGUAGACUGCUGUAAAGACCAAACACGAGUGGUGGAUGACAAUGGAUUUAACCCUGUGUGGGAAGAAACACUGACAUUUACCGUCCACAUGCCAGAAAUCGCCCUGGUGCGGUUCCUCGUGUGGGAUCACGACCCGAUAGGACGAGACUUUGUGGGGCAGAGGACCGUGACCUUCACCAGCUUAGUGCCCGGCUACCGGCAUGUCUACCUGGAAGGACUCACAGAAGCCUCCAUUUUUGUCCACAUCACAAUCAACGACAUCUACGGGAAGAACAGGCAGCUCCAAGGCCUGAAGGGGUUGUUCACCAAGAGCCCCAGGCCCAGCGCUUCAGAAAACAGUUCCCACUACGUUCGGAAACGGUCCAUCGGAGACAGAAUUCUGCGCCGGACAGCCAGCGCCCCAGCCAAAGGCAGGAAAAAGAGCAAAAUGGGCUUCCAAGAAAUGGUAGAGAUCAAGGAUUCCGUGUCUGAAGCCACAAGGGAUCAGGACGGAGUCCUGCGAAGAACCACUCGGAGUCUGCAAGUGCGCCCAGUCUCCAUGCCCGUGGACCGGGGUCUCCUGGGGGCCUUGGCACUCCCACUCCCCAUGUCCGUGGCCCCUACUGCCACGGGGGCAAAGGAGAGCUCUCCGGCAGAAGGUAAAGAUGGCAGAAGAACAGGACAGGCCAGUAGAAAAGGCCCACCUUUUCCAGAUUUCAACCAAGAGCUGUCUUCACCCUCCUCUUCUGCCCUCCUCCAUAAAGACGCCAGCCCGGGGGCCACCCAUGUCCUCUCCACCAUGGUCCCCACCCAGCCACAAGCCACCAGUGACAACGGCCAGGAGGGCCCCGGCCCUAGCCCGUCUCCGGGGCUCCAGUCCACCCUCCUCCCCCACUCUUACCCAACACAAAACCUGCGAGAUAAGCAAGCCAAAGAAGGGGGAAAAGCGGAGGGCGGGCACAGCACCCUCUCCACAGGCGGCCUGUGGGGCGGCCGGGCCGGGGCGCGAGCAUCCUUGUCUCUGUCAGACAUGUCCGCGCUCUGCUCUGCCGCUCCUGACCUGCACUCCACAGCCAUCCUGCAGGACACAGACGUCUCCCUCCUCCUGGACAACGCCACCUUCACGGGCGACACGGAGCCAGGCAGCUCCAUCUCAGCACUGAUCGCACGCUUUGAGGAGCCUCACGUCCAGGCUGGCUAUCCUCCCCUGGCCUCCCAGCGUGGAGGCUCUGGGGACGAGGCUGUCCCGUCCUUCCUGUCGUCCCUGGAGCUCAGCCCACUCCUCAAUCCUGAGAGCUUCGCCACCCCCACUGGGACCACCCGCCCUCCCCACUCCAAAUCCACGCCCGAGGAGGCCCCUUGUGCUACAAGCCUACGGGAGUCCCCUGAUGCUCCUCGUGGUAGGUUCCCCCAAACUCCCACCCGUGGGAAGCACUGGGAGCUGCUAAGCAGCAUUAGCCCUGCCCCGUCCACCGAACUGACCCUGAGCUAUGACAUCAUGGCGGGCCCCGUGCGCUGCUUGGAUUCUGGAGAGAGCAGCCUGGUAGAAAUGGACGGCGCGUCAGGAGAUCUGUCUCUGACCACCUGCCACGAAGGAGGCUUGGGUGCCACUCCACUCGCCUGUCCAGUCAGGCUGGAAUACGGCCAGAAUGUGCUGGAACCCUGCCCGAGAGACUGGAGGAAUGGCUGUUGUGCGGAGACGCUCCGGUCUCACCACUGGGAAAUUCUCCCCAACGGUGAGAGGCCUCCACACCCGGCCUCCCAGGGUGCUGGUGCUGAGCACCACGUCCCGGCCUCACAGAGAGGAGGGCGCCAGGCCAGUGAGCCCCAGCAGGCCACUGUCCAGGGUGUGCAGGCCGCCGGGCCGGCCCCAAGGCCACCUGCUGCCCUGUCCAGUCCCUGCAAAUCCAAAAGCCUGGGGGACUUGACCUCGGAGGACAUCGCCUGCAACUUCGAGAGCAAGUACCAGUGCAUCAGCCGCAGCUUCGUGCCCACGGGUGGGGCGGGCAGGCCGGGGGCGGCCGCAAGGACGUCCGGCCUGGGGCCUCUGGACGCCCUGACCCAGCAGCUGCGGCAGCUGGUGAACUUAGAGCAGGAGGAUGGCUGUCAGGUGCGGGACUCCAGGCAGGAGGCCGGCCAGCUGCCGCGGGCGCUGGUGCGGAAGCUGUCCUCCAGGAGUCAGAGCCGAGUUCGGAACAUCGCCAGCCGUGCCAGGGAGAAGCAGGAAGCCAGCAGGCCGAAGGGGGGUGACGCUGGCCCGGGGGGCGGCGUGGUUCUCAGGAAGAGGCCGCCGGCGCCUGGGCUGGCUGUGAACCGCCACUCCACAGGCUCCUACAUCGCGGGGUACCUGAGGCCCUCAAAGGGGGGUGCCCUGGAGGGCCGGGGCAUCCCCGAGGGGGCCUGCGCGGUGCUGCGCGGCCGCUGUGCCGACCAGUGCCGUUCAGAGGGCCCAGUUCUGCAGACUGAGCCGGGCCUGGACGAGAAACCGGAGAUUUAUUUUCUUCUGAGGCUGUGAUGCGUAUGAAGCGGA